AUGGAUAUUGCCAUUCAACACCCCUGGUUCAGACGUGCCCUGGGCUCCGUCUACCCUGCCCGACUCUUUGACCAGUUUUUUGGAGAGGGAAUGUUUGACUACGACCUCUUCCCCUAUACCACUUCCACCAUCAGCCCCUAUUACAGACAGAUGCUGUUCCGAAACCUUUUGGAUUCCUCCAACUCCGGCAUCUCUGAGGUGAGGUCUGACAGGGAGAAGUUUACAGUCUACCUGGACGUCAAGCACUUCUCUCCCGAUGAGCUCAAUGUGAAGGUGACUGAUGACUAUCUGGAGAUCCAGGGCAAGCAUGGAGAAAGACAGGAUGACCACGGUUACAUCUCUCGGGAGUUUCAUCGCCGCUACCGCCUCCCCUCCAGUGUUGACCAAUCAGCAAUCAGCUGCACCCUGUCAGCCGAUGGUAUGCUGACUCUGACCGGGCCUAAGGUCAGCGGGGGGAGCGAAUCCGGUCGCAGCGAGCGCAACAUCCCCGUCACCCGUGACGACAAGACCAACGCCGCUCCAUCCUCCUAG